UGAGCCCGGCCCUGCUGUUUCCGGAGACCUCGGCCCCAGCUGCCCCAAGCGGGGAGCGGGCUGAGGGCGGGGGCCGGAGGCCAGCUCACGAAGAACCUCAGGUCCUGAGGGUCGGGGCUCAGCGGCACCUGUGUGCAGGCGCCUCUGCUUCAGCGCCGCGAUGCUGCCUGCAGCGCCGGGCAGGGCGGGCGGGAGCCGGGAGCGGCCCCCCGGCGACCCAGUGUCCCCAGAAAACACAAAAGACAUCGUAAUGAUGUAUGAAGAAGAUGCUGAGGAAUGGGCCCUGUACUUGAGGGAAGUAUUUUUACAUGUUGUGAAAAGUGAAGCAAUCCUGUUGUAUCGCUUGGAGAACUACUCGCUUCGGGAUUUGGAAAGGCUGAGUUUAAACUCUUACAAAUGUAAACUUUUGAUAUUAUCUGAUAGCUUGCUUAAAGACCUAACUCCAAAGAAAUGUCAGUUUCUGGAAAAGGUACUUCAUUCACCAGAGAGUGUGGUUACCUUGCUGUGUGGGGUGAACAGUUCUGACCAGCUCUACAAAUUAUUAAAUAUCCGUGGAGGCAGCUGGGAGAUCUCCACUGAGCAGGGACCUGAAGACUACAUCUCUGUCAUUGAGAGCAUCGUAUUCAGAGGUUCUGAGGACUACGUUCAGUUCGAUAUUCCAAUAGACCUAAGAGUGGAACAUCCUGGAGAACUAAGUGAGAGAGUGGAAACUGAAGAAUUGUCAGAAACUUCAAGAAGCACCAUACCACUAGCAAUGGUGCUUCCCACUGAAAUUCCGUGUGAGAAUCCUGGUGAAAUAUUUAUUAUUUUGAGAGAUGAAGUAAUUGGAACUGUGGAGGUUGAAUUUACGUCAAAUAAUAAAUGCAUUAGAAUACAGCCAGCCCUUUGGAAUAAGACAGCCUGGUGUAUGAAAGCUUUAGAUUUUCCUGCUGGCCCUAUUAAUGUCAAUGUCUACUGUGAUGGAGUCAUUAAGGCCACAACUGAGAUUAAAUACUACACAACAGAAAAGGCAAUGGAGCGCCCGGGAGUGGCAGGUCCAGGAGAUGAUGUGCCCCAGAAUGACAUUGAAGAAUUUGAUGAUAUACUCACAUCCAUAUUCAAACAAGAGAUACCAUGUUAUGAGUUCCGAUCUCUCCAAACUGAAAUCUACCCUCAAAAAGAAUCCUUCCAGACGGUCUCCCAAACCCUCACUUGGGAAAUGUCUCAUGACCCCACUACAUUCCCCCAGAUAGAUAAUGUUGGCUUGGAGGAAGCCGAACAGCUGGAUUCGGGACAUACAGCCUUAAGUAACUGGCUCACAGCUUGCGCCACGUGUGCCCCAUCAUGCAAGUGUGUAGAGCAGCUGCCAAAUGACGGGUCACCAGAUGGAAUUUUCAUGCGACCUGGUGUUGAUUUUGCUGUACAUUAUGUAAAGGAAGCAGCAAGCCAUAUAGCAUAA